UCUCCACCACGCCUCUCCUUGCCGCCUCACUCUCGCGCUCGUCCUCGCAGCGCACUAGCAGCGGACCCACUCUCCCUCUUUUGAGCUCUCUGCCACCAUGGCUGGCCCGCCAGGACCGCCGCCGGGCCCGCCGCCGGCUGCGCCGCGCGACAACCCCUACCUCGCCCACCUGCCGCCGCAGGAGCGCGGUGCCUCCUCCUCCGCUGCUGCCGGCUCAGACCCGCUCGCCGGCUUCAUCCCGCGCAAGGUGACGGGCGAGCAGGCGCGCCGCGCCAUGGACGGCGACAUCAAUCCCUUCGCCGCCACGCCCGGGCGCGCCUUCAGCGCCCGCUACCGCGCCAUUCUCGAGAAGCGCAAGGCGCUGCCCGUCUACAACCAGAUCGACGAGUUCUACGAGAAGUUCAACGAAAGCCAGAUCAUGGUCAUGAUCGGCGAGACGGGCAGUGGCAAGACGACGCAGAUCCCGCAAUUCGUGGCAUACUCAGAUCUGCCGCACACGAAGAAGGUGACGGGCGACGAUGGGCAGCAGGCGCCGCUCAUGAUUGCGUGCACGCAACCGCGUCGUGUCGCCGCCAUGAGCGUGGCGAAGCGCGUGGCCGAGGAGAUGGAUGUCGCGCUGGGCAAGGAGGUCGGAUACACGAUCCGUUUCGAGGACUGCACUGACCGGCGCACGACGUUCCUCAAGUACAUGACCGACGGCAUGCUGCUGCGCGAGGCGAUGAACGACCACCUGCUCUCGCGGUAUAGCUGCAUCAUCCUCGACGAGGCGCACGAGCGCACGCUGGCAACCGACAUUCUGAUGGGCCUGCUCAAGGACGUGGCCAAGCGUCGGCCAGACCUGAAGAUCAUCGUCAUGUCCGCCACGCUCGACGCGCUCAAGUUCCAGAAGUACUUCAACGACGCACCGCUGCUGCGCGUGCCCGGCCGCACCUUCCCCGUAGAGACGUUCUACACGCCCGAGCCGGAGCCAGACUAUCUCGAGGCGGCGAUCCGCACUGUGCUGCAGAUCCACCAGGCCGAGGACGAGGGCGACGUGCUGGUGUUCCUCACGGGUGAGGAGGAGAUCGAGGACGCGUGCCGCAAGAUCAAGGCCGAGGCAGACGAGCUCAGCUCGAGCCAGCCGGACCUCUGCGGCCCGCUCAAGGUGGUGCCGCUGUACUCGAGUCUGCCGCCGGCGCAGCAGCAGCGCAUCUUCGAGCCGGCGCCCGAGCCGCUCAAGAAGGGCGGCCCGCCGGGCCGCAAGGUCGUGAUCAGCACCAACAUCGCCGAGACGUCGCUGACGAUCGACGGUAUCGUCUACGUCGUGGACCCCGGCUUCUCGAAGCAGAAGGUGUACAACCCGCGCAUCCGUGUCGAGUCGCUGCUCGUGUCGCCGAUUUCCAAGGCGUCGGCGCAGCAGCGCAUGGGCCGCGCCGGACGCACGCGGCCCGGCAAGUGCUUCCGGCUGUACACCGAGAAGGACUUUGUCUCGGAGCUCAUCGAGCAGACGUACCCGGAGAUCCUGCGCUCCAACCUCGCCAACACGGUGCUGGAGCUGAAGAAGCUCGGCAUCGACAACCUCGUCACCUUUGACUACAUGGACCCGCCCGCGCCCGAGACGAUCAUGCGCGCGCUCGAGCUGCUGAACUACCUCGCGGCCUUCGACGACGAGGGCAACCUCACGCCGCUCGGCACCAUCAUGGCCGAAUUCCCGCUCGACCCGCAGCUGGCCAAGAUGCUAAUCAUCAGCCCCGAGUUCAAGUGCUCCAACGAAAUUCUCACCGUGGCGGCGAUGCUCUCGGUGCCGAACGUGUUCGUGCGGCCAAACGCGCAGCGGCAGCAGGCCGACCAGGCACGGGCUGCCUUUGCUCAUCCCGAGGGCGACCACCUGACCCUGCUGAACGUGUACCACGCCUACAAGACGAACUGCCCGGACCCGUCGACGGCCUCGAACUGGUGCUGGCAGAACUUCCUCUCGUACCGCACGCUGCAACAGGCCGACAACGUGCGGCAGCAGCUCUCGCGCACGAUGGAGCGCUACGACCUCGAUCUCGUCUCGACGCCGUUUGAGAACAAGAACUACUACACACAGAUCCGGCAAGCGAUCACAUGCGGCUUCUUCAUGCAGGUGGCACACAAGGAGGCGUCCGGCAGCAAGGGCAGCUACGCGACGAUGGACGGGCAGAUCGUCGCGCCGCACCCGAGCUCGACGAUCGAGAGCAUGCCGCCGUUCCUGCUCUACCACGAGUUUGUGCUGACGACGCGCAACUUCAUCCGCACCAUCACCGAGGUGCGCCCGGAGUGGCUGCUGGAGUACGCACCGACCUACUACAGCCCGAGCAACCUGCCCGACGGCGAGGUCAAGCGCAUCAUGCAGCGCCUUGUUGCCGGCAAGGGCGCCGGCACCGAGCGCGGCGACUCCGGCGCGCAGCGGCCCAAGUCGAAGAAGGCGAAGCGCUGAGCGUGCGCACGUCACGAUAUGCACAAGGGACGCACGCGGUGGUAAUAGAGAUGCAUUGUGCGGGGACACGCACAGGC